AAUUAAGAGGAUGUGGCGCGAAAAUUCCACGAUGCGGCAAUUUAUCUUGCGUGCGCAUCGUCAAAUAAACGGGGUACUAAACGGUACCUCUUCCGUUUACUCGGGCAGGAUGAUGACAUAACCUCUCAGAUUCGAGCUGUCCGCUAACUGUGUCCCCAGCUGUGUCGCCCAUCAUCGCAUAUGAACCAGAUCGCCCGCGUGGAUUUUCGCGCGACCGCGUUCAGAAUUUGAGAAAAGAAACACUAACGGGGAAAACAUGGCGACGGAGGACGCGCAGGUACAGGACAAUGCGUUGAACGGCGUUGCCGAGGACGACGACGUCGUAACACCGUGGACGGUGGCGAGCGUCAACGAUACCGGGAUCGAUUAUGACAAGUUGAUUAAAAGAUUCGGGAGUUCUAGGAUAGAUGACGAACUAUUAGCUAGAUUUGAAAAAAUUACUGGCAAAAAACCACAUUGCUUUCUCAGAAGAGGCAUAUUCUUCUCCCAUAGAGACAUGCAUACUAUUCUGAAUCUUUACGAGCAAGGCAAAUUCUUUUACCUGUACACGGGCAGAGGACCGAGCUCUGACGCGAUGCAUUUGGGACAUCUCAUACCUUUUAUGUUCUGCAAAUGGUUACAAGACGUUUUUAAUGUACCGCUAAUCAUACAGUUGACGGAUGAUGAGAAAGCUAUAUGGAAGAACCUAAGUAUAGAAGAUGCUAUUAAGCUGGCUUACGCCAAUGCGAGGGACAUCAUCGCCUGCGGCUUUAAUCCCGAGAAAACUUUUAUCUUUUCCAACCUAGAACACAUAGGAAAUAAUUCAGCAUUUUACCAGAACAUGAUCAGGAUACAGAAAUGCGUGACGUUCAACCAAGUGAAGGGCAUUUUCGGUUUCGGUGACAGCGAUCCGAUCGCGAAGAUCGCGUUUCCGCCAACGCAAGCGACACCGGCGAUCUCCGGUUCAUUCCCCUUUAUCUUCAAGGACGCUAAAGUGCACUGUCUGAUACCAUGCGCGAUCGAUCAGGACCCGUACUUCCGCAUGGCGAGGGACGUGGCGCCCAGGCUGGGUUUCCCCAAACCAGCGUUGUUGCAUGCAACCUUCUUUCCAGCGUUACAGGGCUCGAAGACGAAAAUGUCGGCGAGCGACAAUAAUACAGCAAUAUUCCUCACAGAUACUGCCAAACAGAUCAAGAAUAAGAUCAAUAAACAUGCGUUCUCGGGUGGUCAAGCCACCGUGGAGGAGCACAGACAACUCGGCGGCAAUUGUGAGGUGGACAUAUCUUAUCAGUGGCUGCGAUUCUUCCUGGAAGACGACGAACGAUUGGAACAAAUUAGAAAAGGGUAUACCAGCGGGGAGAUUUUGACGGGCGAGCUAAAGAAGGAGCUGAUCGACGUUCUACAACGACUCGUCGCCGCGCAUCAAGAAGCGAAAAGUAGAGUAACAGACGAGAUGAUUAAACAGUACAUGAUUCCUAGAGACCUCGGUUUUGAAAAUAAAAUAACCGUUUAGCGAACACCGAAUUAUGCGAAACAUCGCUUCCUAGAUCCUCCUAUUUGCGUUGGAGACCAUUUAAAUCUAUUUAUUGCAAGACACGUCGCAACUAUAGCAUACGUUUUACGAUCUUUUUCAAGCACCGUCUUUUAUUGACAAAUUAAAUUAAUUUUUCUAUCGAUCUGCCUCGAUUAUUAACAGAAAUCUCGUAUCCUCCUGUUGAAAAAUCCAAAAAUUUUCAACCUUUCCCAGUCAUAGGAUAAACGUAAACGCUUUUCUCAGCAGCAUGGUGGGACUGCAACGUAAAACGCUAAAAAUACCUUUGACUUUGAUCAAACCUCGAUUAAUCAUAAACUUAACAGUGAUUAGUAUUCGUGUCUACCAGUAUAUAUAGAUUAAUUUUAAUUUCAAUUUAAUUUAUUUUUAUCUUCUAAGAAUUAUCUGUUGAACC